AUGGCAAACAGGAAACAUCAGAGCACUACAGCCAGCAUGCUGGAUCACAGAGUGAGAGCUUGCCCUACUUCAUCUCACAACAGGGAGCCUGAAAAUGAAGAAAGUGACCUUCCUAUUGAAGAUUAUGCAGCAAAGGAGGCAGAACUAGCAACUGUCAGACAAGGCAGUCCUACACCUGCAGAACAUGAGUGCAAUGAUCAUAGUGGAGAUGGUGACUCCAGCUCUGAUUAUGUGAAUAACACCUCUGAGGAGGAGGACUAUGAUGAAGGCUUGCCAGAAGAAGAGGAGGGGAUCACAUACUACAUUAGAUACUGUCCAGAGGAUGACAGUUACCUGGAAGGAAUGGACUGCAACGGGGAGGAGUAUGCUCCCCAUGAGGAACACCAUGUUGAGACAGAUGAAUGUCAGGAAGCUGUAGAAGAAUGGGCUGAAGGUAAGAUUCAGCAUGAAGAUGAAACUGAGGUGACAGAUAGGCAAGAGUGGCAGGAAGGUCAGGAUAAUGGUGUUCAGAUUUUGGAGGAUGAGGUGUCAUCUUUGGAGAUACAAGACCAAGAAGAAAAUAUACAGUAUUGUCAAAGUGAAGGUGGCUAUCUGGACUAUUACCCAGCAGAGGCCAAUGGAAACUCACAGGGAAUAUCGCCAUACCAUUCUAGAAAAGAGGAUGCAGAACUGGAAGACCAAGAAGAGGACAUAGACCAGAUUGUAGCAGAAAUCAAAAUGAGUAUGAGCAUGAGCAGCAUUAACAGUACAACAGAAAUGAGUCCAGAGCACACUGGGACUGAAAACAUGGCACAUGACUAUAAAGAGACUUGUUCAAAGGGAGAAGCUGUUCACAGUGGCAACAGGCACGAGGGGAGGCCAAAGUCACUGAAUAUUCCAUCUGCCUCUAAGCACAAUGGAGAUGCACCCAGAGGUUUUAAAGCAAAGUCAAGAACCCCAGAGGAGAGACAGAAGUGGCCACAAGAGCAGAUGUGCAAUGGUUUAGAGCAGCCAAGGAAGCAACAGCGUUCAGACCUCAACGGACCAGUUGACAACAAUAAUACGCCCGAGACAAAGAAAGUGUCUUCGUUUCCAAGUUUUGUUGAUGUUCCAGGACCUUGUGAACCUGAAGACCUCAUUGAUGGCAUCAUCUUUGCAGCUAAUUACCUGGGCUCUACGCAGCUGCUCUCUGAGCGCAACCCUUCCAAAAACAUAAGAAUGAUGCAGGCCCAAGAGGCAGUGAGCCGUGUUAAGAGGAUGCAAAAGGCGGCUAAAAUCAAGAAAAAAGCGACUUCAGAGGGAGAUUCCCAGGCCUUGACUGAAGUGGAUCUGUUCAUCUCCACCCAGAGAAUCAAAGUUUUAAAUGCAGACACACAGGAAACGAUGAUGGAUCAUGCGCUGCGCACCAUCUCCUACAUCGCUGAUAUUGGCAACAUUGUGGUUUUAAUGGCGCGACGCCGCAUGCCGAGAUCAGCUUCUCAAGACUGUAUUGAAACAACACCUGGUGCCCAGGAAGGAAAGAAGCAGUACAAAAUGAUAUGCCAUGUCUUUGAAUCAGAGGAUGCACAGCUGAUAGCUCAGUCAAUUGGCCAGGCUUUCAGCGUGGCUUACCAAGAGUUUUUAAGAGCCAAUGGAAUUAACCCAGAGGAUCUCAGUCAGAAAGAAUACAGUGACAUCAUCAACACCCAAGAGAUGUACAAUGAUGACCUCAUACACUUUUCCAACUCAGAAAACUGCAAAGAGCUCCAGCUAGAAAAACAGAAGGGAGAAAUUCUUGGGGUAGUGAUUGUGGAAUCUGGAUGGGGAUCCAUUCUACCCACCGUUAUCCUGGCUAACAUGAUGAAUGGAGGCCCUGCAGCCCGUUCGGGAAAACUAAGCAUUGGAGACCAAAUUAUGUCCAUUAAUGGGACCAGUUUAGUUGGUCUACCUCUUGCAACAUGCCAAGGGAUCAUAAAGGGUCUCAAGAACCAGACGCAAGUCAAAUUGAACAUUGUCAGCUGUCCUCCUGUUACUACUGUCCUCAUAAAACGGCCCGACUUGAAAUACCAGCUGGGCUUCAGUGUACAGAACGGAAUUAUUUGCAGCUUGAUGCGAGGUGGAAUAGCUGAGAGGGGAGGGGUAAGAGUAGGACAUCGUAUCAUUGAGAUCAAUGGACAAAGCGUUGUUGCUACAGCUCAUGAGAAGAUAGUACAAGCACUGUCUAAUUCAGUGGGGGAGAUUCACAUGAAGACCAUGCCAGCUGCCAUGUUCAGGCUUCUGACCGGACAGGAGACACCCCUGUACAUCUAGCGCGCGGCUCUCCUGCGGCAGAGUAACCAGAUGGUUCCAUCGAAGCUGAAGCCCUCGUAGCUGAAGAGAAUUUUGUAUUUUGUAUGAAGGAAAGGCUUUGAAGCUGACCUGAGGACUCCGAGACAAGGAACAGACAGGUGUCUCUGCCUUUUUUCUCCUUCCUUUUUAUUUCUUUGCCAAAAAGUGAUGAGGAGGAUGGUCAAGGACAGUAAUCGCUGACAGAAAUCUUUGUAAGACACUGAGGUAUUUUGCAACAUCUUCUAAACUCUUUUCUCAUCAAACAUAUUUAUUUGUAACCUUUAUGUGAAGUGACGUAUGUAUGUCUGUCUUGUUUGAUAACACGGUGAA